AUGGACGCCGAUGGCUGUAAAGUUUCUGGCAGUCAUGGCCAUGUUUUGGUAAUGACUUGUCCCUUACAAGGCCACGCAGCGCCCCUCAUCAAACUUUCACAUCGUAUAGCCGAGUAUGGGGUGAAGGUCUCAUUUGUGAGUACAGAGUUCUCGUCCGCGACUCUGUCCCAUGAAAUUCCAGAUUCUGGGGAAGGAAUGAUUCGUUUAGUCUCAGUUCCAGAUGGACUUGAUCCCGAGAAUGAUAGGAAAGAUUUACAAAUAUUGUCUGAGAGUAUUAGGAAAGUUAUGCCUGCUCAUUUGGAGGACUUGCUCAACAAGGCCAGUGACAAGGUUACUAGUGUUAUACUUGAUUCACCAUUAGGAUUUCUGCUGGAAAUUCCUAAGAAAAUGGGGAUCAAGACUGCUGUUUAUCUCUGUUCUACACCAGGAUGCUUGGCCUUGGGGCUCAAUAUAUCUAAGCUUAUUGAAGCAAAAGUCAUUGACACUGAUGGAACUCCAUUAAAGAAUGAGAAUAUUCAAGUUGUGCCAAAUUUACCAGCCAUGAGCACUGCUGAAUUUACGUGGUACCAUCCGCAGGGCGCGGAUAAACAAAAAAUAAUGUUUGUAUCAAUUAAAGAAAUUUUUGAAUGGAUGAUAAAUUCGGACUGGAUUAUUUGCAACUGGUUCACUGACCUUGCCCCUUCAGCUUCAAUUUUGACUACCAAUAUUUUUCCUGUUGGUCCUUUACUUGCCAAUGGGCAGUCUGCUGGAAGCCUUUAUUCAGAAGAUUCAAGUUGCUUAACCUGGCUAGACAAACAAGCUCCAAAAUCAGUUAUUUAUGUAGCCUUUGGCAGCACUUCAAGAUUCAGCCAACAACAGGUUGAAGAAUUGGCAUUAGGCCUCGAGCUUAUGAAUCGACCAUUCUUAUGGGUGGCUUGGUCAGGCCUGGGAAAUGGUUCAUUUGCUCUGUACUCGAGUGAUUUCUCAGAGAGAGUGGCUAAGCGCGGGAAGAUUGUCGAGUGGGCACCUCAAGAAAUGGUGUUGGCUCACCCUUCAAUUGCCUGUUUUGUGACUCAUUGUGGUUGGAAUUCCACAAUGGAGAGU